AUGACGAUGCAGCAGCAGCAGCAGCAGCGCCGCCAACCCCACAACCCUCAACCUCUCGCCCAUAAGCCACCAACACGUAGAAGUAAAGCCAUACCUGCUGAACUAAAAGUGCUCACUUCUCUACGUUAUUUGGCUACAGAAAAAAUGCAAUUGUGUAGUGGUGACGAUUUUGGCUUAACUCAUCAAAGUGCUGGUCGUGUGAUAAGUGAGACACUUGAUGCCCUAACAACACUGGACUUUCUUACAAACAUCAACAUACAGCUCGUGUUUGACGCCCAGUAUCGAAUAUUGGAUGUGGUGGCACAGUGGCCUGGGUCGGUCCAUGACUCCAGGAUUUGGAAUGAGUGCGGCCUCAAAGCAGACUUUGAAAGGGGUACCAUACCAGGUGGCUGUCAUCUUUUAGGUGAUAGUGGCUACCCAUGUCAACCGUGGCUGCUGACCCCAAUCCUGCAGCCAAGGGAUGCAGCAGAGGAAGCUUACAACAGAGCACACAAACGAACAAGAUGCAUAGUAGAGAGAGGGAUCGGCCAACUGAAGAGGAGGUUUCAUGUUCUACAUGGUGAAAUCAGAGUGGAUCCUAUAAAAACAAGCAAAAUUGUGAUGGUAUGUGCAGCACUACACAACUUGUGUAAAGAGAUGAACCUACAACUGCCAGAUGAUGAACAUGAUGAGUAUGAAGAUCAGCCUUUAGAAGCCAACCCGUACAGCCUCUUCAACGUGGCUAUCUCCAAAACGGUGUCUUAG